UCUGAUAAGUUCAGAACAAUUUCAACAAUAUUUUGUCUUCCGUUUGACAGUUGGUUCUCAACAGAUAUCUCAACAAAUCUCUCCCUUGCCAUCAACUAAAAAUCGAUAAGAUACAAAGACAACCAGAUUUUGUCUGAAUAGGACAGAUUAAGUUGAAAUCGGCACCUCCAUAGUUGAUUUCAACAAAACUAAAGAAGUCGGUUCGCAUUUAUUCACCUGACCGCUAACAUGAGCUCGUAUGGAAGCAUUAACAUCAAGAAUGAGAAAAAAAUGCAAUAUGACGCCACCGACGAGAAAACAUCUCUGCUUCCAAACGGAGAGACUAUCAUUUUCGAAAAUGAGCAGCUGGCGGGAAUUUGGUCAAAGCUGACAUUUGGUUGGAUGGAGCCUUUGAUGCGAUUGGGAAAUGCGAAGAAAAAGCUCGACCCGGAAGACAUCUCAAAAAUACCCCUUCCCAUUGAUGGCCAAACCAAAAAUUUGCAAGAUGCUUUUCAUAACUUUUGGGAGAAGGAACUGGCGAAAGCAAAGUCCAGUGGUGGAACAGUGGAACCGUCGCUGAUGAUGGCUCUUGCUAGAGCCUAUGGUUUUGAUUGCAUCGUGGGUGGCUUUGUGUUGAAAUUUAUCCAUGACUCGUGCGUCUUUGUGGGGCCUCAAGUUUUGAACAAAAUGAUACUGUUCUUGGAAAGUGACGAAUAUCCCUUAUCAUAUGGUUUAUGGUUGACCGCAGCCGUUACUCUCUCGCAGUUGACGAUGUCUUUCUGUUUAAGGCAUUACUUUUUCAAAUGUUACAAAUUUGGCUUGAAGAUCCGAACGGCUGUAAUGGUUGCAGUCUAUGAAAAGGCCCUAGUCUUGGAUGCAGGAGAACGAUACACUAGGAGUCUUGGAGAGAUCACCAACCUUAUGUCCGUUGACGCGCAGCGACUGCAAGAACUCACAACUUACCUCCACGCAGUUUGGUUCAGCUUUUACCAAAUAGGAUUGGCGCUGUUUUUGUUGUGGAAACAAUUGUAAGUUCUUCGUUGAAACUGUCUAUUAGUUGCUACCU